AUGGAUUCUAAAUAUAACUCAAAUGAAAAAUUAUUGAUUGAUGAUCCGCGGUUUAGAAUAAAACCAGUACAACAAAUGGCUGCUGCUUGUACAGGAGCGUUAAUUACUUCCUUUUUUGUUACUCCAUUGGAUGUAGUAAAAGUACGAAUGCAAGCACAAUCUAGAAUAACAAAUAAACAUAAAUGUUUUGUAUAUUCCAAUGGUUUAAUGGAUUAUAUUUGUACGUGUGAUCCAUCAAAAAAAAAAACUUCUGAUAGUCCACAUUGCAGAAAUGACCAAUGGUACAACAAGCCUAUCAAAUUUAAUGGAACACUUGAUGCGUUUAAACAAAUUGCUAAAAAUGAAGGAAUUUUGUCACUAUGGAGUGGGUUGAGUCCAACAUUAAUACUUGCCUUACCUGCCACAAUUGUUUAUUUUGUAUCUUACGAACAAUUACGAUGUCAUAUUCAUGAUUUAACAAAACCUUAUUAUGCAAACAAUAAUCAAAAUCAACCAUUGUGGAUUUCUGGCAUAUCAGGAUGUGUUGCUCGUUUUGGAGCUGCUACAACAGUUAGUCCAUUAGAACUCAUACGUACUAAAAUGCAAUCAAAAAAACUUAGUUAUUUAGAAGUACAUCAAGCAAUGCAAAGUUUAUUAAAGUAUCAUGGCUAUAAAGGUCUAUGGAAAGGUCUUGGUUCUACUUUACUUAGAGAUGUUCCUUUUUCUGGUAUAUAUUGGGUGAUGUAUGAAUAUAUUAAACAAAUAUCAGGCCAACAAACAUCAUUUAUGUAUAACUUUAUAGCAGGGAGCAUAUCCGGAACGUUGGCUGCUUUAUUAACUACUCCAUUUGAUGUUGUCAAAACAAUUCGUCAAGUCGAAUUAACUGAAAAGGAAAUUAUUACAGUAGUUAUUUCAGAACCUCCUAAAAUAGCUUCCAAAUGGACAAUCAAAGAAAUUAUCGACAUAUAUCAAACAAAUGGAAUACGUGGAAUUUUUAGGGGCUUAGUUCCUCGGAUAAGCAAAGUAGCACCUGCAUGUGCCAUAAUGGUAUCAACAUUUGAAUAUGGAAAAACAUUUUUUCAAAAUAUUAAUAUGCAAGCACACAAAAAAAAGAAUGAAGAAAUUCUUAAAUAA